UAUAAAUAGACCCAACGAAAUUUGAGGUUCCAUAGAAGUGAAAGCACAGAUAUCUGCUAUAGGAGUUAAGGCAGAAAAAAUAUGGAAGCCCAAAGAGAAGAGCGUAGCACAAAACUACUUGGAGCUCAAACCCAUGUUUGGAAUCACAUAUUCAGCUUCAUAAAUUCCAUGUCCCUCAAAUGUGCAAUUGAGUUGGACAUACUAGAAAUCAUACACAACUAUGGUCAACCCAUGCCACUCUCAAAACUCAUUGCUUCACUCCCAAUCCACCCAUCAAAAACUACCUUCGUCUACCGUUUGAUGCGAAUUUUGACCCAUUCUGGCUUCUUCUCUAUACUAAAGCUCGAUGAGAAUGAACUAGAAGUGGGUUAUGUUCUGACUGAUGCAUCUAUUCUACUACUUAAAGACAACCCCUUAAGUAUGGCACCUUUCUUGCAUGCCAUGCUUGAUCCAACUUUGACAAAGCCAUGGCAUCAGUUGCCUACAUGGUUCAAAAAUGAUGACCCUUCACCAUUUCACACAGAACAUGGGAUGAAAAUUUGGGACUAUGCUGGCCGUGAGCCAAAACUUAAUCACCUUUUUAAUGAUGCUAUGGCAAGUGACACUGAAUUGGUUGCCAAGGUGGUGACUGAGAAAUGCAAGGGAGUGUUCAAAGGACUGGAGUCACUUGUAGAUGUUGGGGGAGGCACAGGUACUAUGGCAAAGGCAAUUGCACAAACAUUCCCACAGCUAGAGUGCACUGUGUUUGAUCUGCCACAUGUUGUUGCCAAUUUACAAGGGACUGAGAACUUAAAAUUUGUUGGUGGAGACAUGUUCGAGUCAAUUCCUCCUGCUGAUGCCAUUCUCUUGAAGUGGAUAAUGCAUGACUGGAAUGAUGAGCAGUGUGUAAAAAUACUGAAGAACUGCAAGAAGGCAAUUAAGAGCAAGGUGAUUGUCAUAGACAUGGUGGUGGACAGUGAAAAGGGGGAUGAUAAAUCAAUUGAAACACAGCUCUUCAUUGAUAUGGUUGUGAUGGUGUUGUAUCCUGGAAUAGAAAGAACUGAGAAAGAAUGGGCUAAACUCAUUUUCUCUGCUGGUUUCAGUGACUACAAGAUAACUCGAGUGUUGGGUUUAAGGUCACUAAUUGAGAUUUAUCCGUAACCAUUAACUUAUGAAAUAUGUUAUAUAUGAUAAGGGCCAGCACUCUAUCAUCAAUAAAGAAUCCUUCAAUUAUUAUGUAUUUUAUCAUGUCAUGGAGUGGAAUCUAUUAAAUUUAUAUAUAGUUGUAAUAAAAAUGUCUCUCUUUAUUUCAUUAA